AUGGAUCUUAAACCUCACUCCCAGCAGAUAGUUGAAGGAAAGGAAAUUCACAUGUCUCAAAGACGCCAGUCUUUUUCAGCUAUGAAGGCUUUGCGGCUACGGUCACUCAGUAUCACUUCGCAGAUCUCGAGCUCUUCCGAGACGGAUAUACACUCGCCUGUAGCAGGCCGUAGAAGAACUCUAACUAAGAGCCGCCCUUUUGAAACAUUGAGGGAAGAUUUGAUUCGGAGGCCUUCUGGCUCUUCAACGGGGGACAAUACUGAACGGGGCUCGACAUCGACUAGACCUACGAGUCCUUCAGGCACCGGCAGUCAGUGCGCCAGCAUUUUUGGUGAUUCCUUGGUAAUCACCAAGUCCGGGCCCCUUCAACCGGAAACGUCUAUCUUGAGGUCUAAGAAAGAGUUUCUAGUCUUAACGCCCUUGGCUCUAGUCAAGUUCAAGAGUCGCUCAGCUGCGGUCGAACGAUUCCCACAGAUCUCGGCAUCAAAUAGCGGUGUUGACACCCUUACGCCCGUUGAAUCGACAAGCUCUCUAAGAGAUCUUGGGGCAAGCGGGGAAUUAUUUAUCCCGCUAGAGAAGAUCGUAUCGGUUUUCAACAAUGAGGGUACCCGUCCAUCAUUUGGCAUAGAAGUAUGGUGGAGUGAUCGAAAAGGGGCCACAUUUACAUGUCUCCAGUUAGACUUUAGCCUACCAGAUGAUCGCGAUGAAUGGUUAAAACAGAUUCGUCAUGCGAUCAAGGUUCGGUCUAAGGCUUUUCCAGAAGAAUCAACUCCGUCUGAAAUAGAACAGGAGCUUAGGCGACAAGUCCAGCCCCAGCACGAGCAAGGUUGGGAUGCCCAGAUAGAAAUGUACCCCGUCGUGCCUCGACGGCCAUGUAUGAGGCCGAGAGCAAACUCUGGUGAAAUUAAGAAGGGCUGGCGGGACAAGUCGUCUUUCUACAUAGUGCUCACCAGGAAAUUCUGUUACCUCGCUCAGUUUACAAAACAUUCGACGGACCAGAAAUUGAAUCCUGCCAUGGUACGGUAUGGGUUGGUGGGGUUAUCGAAAGUUAACGUUAUUCUGAACGAUGAGAGAUUCGAUCUUGUCUUUCGACUACCUUUAGAAAAGCCCACGAAACUGGAGCUUGCUAGUCGACAUCACCGGAGCAUUUCGUCAAAGUUGUAUAAUAUGGACACCUACCUUAAACCCGCUUGGCCCCUAUGGACCCGCCGUGAAGUGUUCUUUAUCGACGGUGAAGCACCGCGGAUGCCUCUUCCUAAUGGCGAAGAUUAUUGUGGUUUUAGAACAACUUUGGGAGCCUUCGUUGAAGGUUACUGCUGUGCCCCGGUGAAUUGGACGGUCCAAUGGAAGAAUGUGCGGCACGCUCCUCAGUUUACUCUUCUUGCACCAACGGAACAGUCCAGCUACACUGCAUAUCAGCUCCUAGCUGUCUUUCGUGCCUUGCGCUUCAAUGACUUUUUCAAGUCGUUGUCAUUCCGCGACAUUGACUUCUCCAAUCUCUCCGGCGUCUUUGACAAUACUUCCCGACUCGAGUCUACAAUAUGGCUUUCCAGAACAGGGAAACGUAGCCUUACUCGGGUUGAAUUCGAUUUAGUAGAGAACUCCUCUGUACUAUUUCAAGAAAUUGUAGCUCUUCUACUAGGAUCAGAGUCUAUACGACACAUUGAUCUUACCAACGUGCUUGCUAGAGAACCUGCAGCUUCAAUGGAAAAUGACCAAUCCGUUCCGUCUCCGACAAGCCGAGCGUGCGAAGUCGUGCCGCCUAUUGUACUUCUCUGGAAAUCCCUACAAACUCGGUGCAAUUCGAUCAAUCUCAGUGGAAACUUCCUAGGUGUGCCCGAUGUUGCGGGUCUUUCUCGAGCUUUACAGAAUAGACCUGAUUUUCUGAAGACAUUUUCGAUAUCGCGAUGUCACCUCGAUGAGAACGCGCUCGCGUUGCUCUGGGAGGGCUUACAUGAGCAGCGUUCGGCUAUCGAGAAUCUUGAUGUAUCCCACAACUCAGGCCGUAUAGAGGCAGAAAAGGCCGCAGAGACACUCACAGAUGCAAGUAGACUACGACACCUCAAUCUUGCAUAUUCAGUCAAAGGAAGUUUAAAUGGUCCUUUAUUUCGGCCAUGGAGCGCGACAUCAGACUUCGAGCCAUGGCAUUUAGAAGAGCUGGAUCUAUCAGGUUGGAAGAUUAACUUCGAUACCUUGUGCGGGAUCAUGAAGUUUAUUGAGCUUGAUGAGUCUCGCAGUCUGCGUCGCCUAACCCUCGAGAAUUGUGGGCUAUCAGGAGAAAUGGCGACUGGCCUCCUGUGUCGGCUCGGCGCAGGUCGGAACAUGCAUCUGCUACUCAGUGAGAAUCCACUUGAACUUGGUUCAACUGAUUGGAUCGACUUAAUCCAUGGUAACGAAGCGCCGAGGAUGCUACACCUUGAUAUGAUCCAAUUUGAGCACGAAUCGAAUUUCAAUCGGCUACUUAAGGCACUUGCCCAUAACAAGACCAUUGAGUUUUUGAGCAUGGUAGGAACCGGGCCGCCAGACCGGACCAGUUCCAAGACAUUGGAGCUGCUGUCUCGCUUCUUCGAACUGAACGACACCUUGCAAUACCUAGAUCUAUCUGGAUACAGCGGCAAGUUAGAAGAUAGCCAUAUGGGUUGGGGGUUGACUGGAGCACUAGGUGGAUUAAAGCAGAAUAUCACACUACGUCAACUUCGCGUUCGCAAUCACGAUAUUGGCGCCGCCGAAGACGUGAGCGAGCUAUGCCGGGUGCUUGCUGCGAACAAAGGUCUUGCCAUGUUCGACUGUCAACAAAAUAGUUUUAAUCAUCACCAGUUCGCGAAAAUAGUUCAUGCCCUGAACUAUAAUCACCACAUCAUUUCCUUCCCCCUUUCUGACGCCGAUCGACAAUAUGCGGUUCAGCAAGAAGAGCGCUUGUUCCACAAACAUCAAGCUCAACCCAGCAAAUCAUUCCAAACAAAAAUAUUAAAAGCAGCAGAAGGUCGCUUGGACGGGUUACUAAAGUGGGUAGAGGAAUUUUGGAAUAGUGAAGCCGAGAAAGCACGAGAGGUCCUAGGCAGGAAUAGAAGCAACCCUGCAAACCAUUCACUCGGGCUCAAGACGGAAUACCUCGACGCCUGGGAAGAUGAGAGUCUUCUAUCCUGGAUAUUCCCGACUUCUCCGACCCGCGACAAGGGGAAAGAAACGUCCCACACGACCCAAUAA